AUGGAGGAGCCUUCUCUCGUACCAACAGCGAACCCGCUACCUCAUCGGGUGAGGAAGAUGCGCAAGGGAACCCGAAGCUGCGCCGAAUGCCGAAGACGUAAAACCCGCUGCGUAUUUUCCCCGGGGGAACCCGUCUGCGUGCUGUGCAAGUCACGAGAUGGCCGCUGUAUCGAACAGGGAUACGAGGACGUCGGUCUUCUAGACCCUAGAUCUAGCGCACCGAGGAAAAGCCCUACCAAUGGCAAAACCUCUCAAGGCCGGAAUGGGAUAUCUACAGAUCAGCCUCCCAAGUUCUGUGGGGAUGCCGAGACAUCAGAUGUCCUCGUGUCGGAGAGAGCAAACAAUGCCCCGAUCGUGUCACUGCUUGUGGAUGCCAAGCUCUCGACAUCAUCAAAAACUGGAUCACAUGAAGCCUCUAUUACGCAGACAGCCUACAAUAGCUCGACAUACACUCCACUGCUGGACAAAGAUCAGAAGCCAAGGCCUUGGUUCAUCCAACCUCUUGCCAGUAAAUCCGCAUAUGUGUGCUCUACCAUCCGCUCAAUGCUACCCAGCUAUGACACUAUCAUCUCUGUUCUGAUCAAGAACGGGUCGUGGUGGGACAGCUUCCGCUCGAAGGCAUAUGCCAUUUCCGAGGCGCCUUCUCAGACUAUCGAGGCCUUCGCGAAGAGGACCUAUACGAGCAGCAACCCGGCUGAUAUAGGUGCUCUGGCCAUUGCAUUUGCUCGGAGUUUGAACAAGCAUCGCUACCUAUAUACUCUGGUGGAUGACUUGGUCAUCUCUGACAUCAACUAUCUGACAACUGCAGAGGGACUUGAAUGCCUAAUCCUUCUUGCAAAGUCGUAUACCGACUGUGGCCAGCCAAAACGAGCUUGGCUCGUAUGGAGAAAAGGUGCUUCCGCAGCGCAGCUUAUGAUGAGGCUGUGGUGUGCUAUAUAUCAUGGCGACAGAUUCUGUAGCAUGCUCCUUGGCCUGCCUUACGUGCUCAACGACAAUCAUUAUCAGUCUAUCAUCCAAGCUCCCGGAAUGGCGCCAGGCUUCUACUUUGUCCUCCGGUGCGCCAUCCUCUGUGGAAAGAUUAUUGAUCGGAACAUGACCGUCAGCAAGCCUUCUUUUGCGAGAGCUAUGGAGUUGGAUGAAGAGAUGGAAAGCAUUGCGUCGUCGCAGCCUCAGGACUGGUGGGCCAUCCCAACAACCUUGGAUCAGCCGCUUGAACCGUUAGAGCUCAAUGAGCUCAGAGAGCAGCUUCUGCAACAGUUCUACUUCUACUGGGUCAAGCUAUUCCUCCACCUACCAUUCCUGGUAGAGACUACUACGAGCUCGCCGCAUUACUUUAGCAGAAUGGCCUGCAUAGAGGCAGCCAAGCAGAUUUUGGAGAGAUAUCGGCUCUUACGCUACAAGAUGAAGUCAGGGCACUGCCUGUUCGAGUGCAAGACAACAGACUUUGCAUGCUUCACCGCCGCUGUUGUUCUUCUCAUCGGCACGUUCCACAGCAGCGCCCCAUAUCGCUCUUCCAACGCUGUGGAGGAAGAUCUGGAGCUGGUGGCAGAUACCGACAGACUGUUGAUGGCGGAAGAAGUUGAAAACGACUGCAGGGUCGCCGCGCAAUGCCGCAAAGUGCUUCAGAUGCUCAGUGUCAAAGAGCCAGACGCGUCGGACGAAGAUCGGGAAGUCGUCAUCCCGUACUUCGGUGCCCCAAAUCCUCGGCAUGUUGCUAUUCCUCGGUCGGUUGGGCACGCGAGUAAUGACCUCGGCGAAGUGGAUGUUCCUCCACCGCCUCCGUACAACUCCGCCGAACAGCCAGCGGCCAUUUCAGCCGUGGAAAACCCAUGGAGUCUCGAUGGAUUCUCCUUGGAGUAUAUAAGCCAUCGUGGAUUUGACAGGGCCAAUUUGGGCCGACUCGCAGGGGCGGAUGAAGUCGCCUGUAUGCAGGACGAGUCGAUAUCGUAUGCGGCUUCGGCGGCAAUGGAUUGGGAUCCGGGCUGGAGCCGAUUCUGGAUCUCCUUUGAGCGGGUCUCAAUCUCGUUCAUACCUCGGUAUGGAACCGAAAAUUCUCUGCCAUUGGUUGUAACUGCGCCUUUAGAUGAUGAUAUAAUCGGGCGCCGGAUGUGA